AUGGGAAAAUUGAAUCGAUUAGCACUGUUCCAUCGCUCUUCAGGUCAACAUGUGUUCUCAUCGGCUGUUUUUACGCGACAAAGUAGUAGGUAAAAAUGAAAUCGGUAAAAACUGGAAUUUCUAUUGCUUUCAGCUCGUUUAACAUCGAUGAAGUGACGCAAAACUUUGAGCAACGAACGGAAUUUGCAUCUGCUAACUAUCGAAAGAAUGGUAAUUGAAGAAAAAUUGAUGUUUUAAAGUAAAUCGCGAUUUUGAAGGCAGUUUGUUUCGAAUGGUACUCCCGCCGCCGAAUGUGACCGGAAAACUGCACUUGGGACAUGCAUUGACGGUGGCAGUGGAAGACGCAAUUUGCAGACAUCAACGGAAUCAGGGGAACAAGGUAUUCUGAAAAAAAAAACAAAUAAAAAAUUUGAUAUUCGUGUUGUAGGCCGAAUGGAUUCCAGGAUUCGAUCACGCCGGAAUCGCCACUCAGGCAGUCGUCGAGAAGAUGCUCGCGAAGAGCGGACGGAGACGUCAGGACAUGUCGAGGGAGGAGUUUGUGAAGGAAUGCCACGUGUGGAGCGAAAAGUGCUCUUCGGAGAUUCGUCAGCAACUCUCGCGAAUGGGCGCCUCUCUCGACUGGAAUCAAUCCUACUACACCCUCGAUGCCACGUUCUCCGCCGCUGUCACAAAGGCGUUCUGCACGCUCCACUCGGAUGGUCUAAUCUCCCGCGGGCGGCGGAUCGUCCACUGGUGUCCCACACUCGCCUCUACUCUUUCGAGUCAAGAAGUGAAUCGAAUCGACGUGCCCGCGGACGGAUAUCUCACAAUUCCCUCCGUUGACGGAAACGGAAGACGACGAGUGAAAUUCGGAGCAAUGCACCUCGUCAGAUAUCGAUUGACAGACUCGGAAGACAUGCUGGAAGUGGGAACGACGCGUCCGGAGACUCUGUUUGCCGACGUCGCCAUCGCAGUGCAUCCGAACGACGAGAGGUACUCGCGGUUCAUCGGAAAGUUCGUCUGGUCGCCAGUAGUGCCGGGGCGGCAGCUGAAAGUGAUUGCUGACUCGGCAGUUUCCAUGAAGAAAGGCACCGGCGCUGUAAAGAUCACCCCUUCGCACGAUCCGCUCGAUUAUGAGAUCUGGUGUAGAGCUGGAGGAUCCGAAGAAGACGUAUCAUGCAUCGAUGAGAAUGGGAAAAUGACAAAUUACGGGGAGACAGUCAACGGAUUGGAUCGAUUUGAAGCGAGAGAGCGGGUUUUGGAAGUCUUGAUGGGAUCCAGGUUAUACGGAGGAGUUAUGGAGCACGAGGGAGCGCAGGUGAACUUGUGCUCCCGAACCGGCGACGUCAUCGAACCACGGCUCGCCGAGCAAUGGUUCCUGGACUGUAAAGACAUGUUUGCGAGGUCCACAGAGGCUAUUCAAAGCGGAAAAGUAUAUAAAAAGUAGUUUCAUUUUGACGAAAAUUGAUUAUCUUCAGAUCAAAGUGUACCCGGACUAUCAAUCUCACCGUCUAACCGACUGGUUCGAAAACCAAGAGCCGUGGUGUCUGAGCCGACAGCUCCUCUGGGGCCACCGAAUUCCCGCCUACCGUACUCUUGAUGGAAAUAAGUGGAUUGUAGCGGAAAGCGAGCAGGAAGCCCGUCGGCAGCUCGGAAAAGAAGAAGAAGCAUCGGUCCGACAGGACGAAGACGUUCUCGACACGUGGUUCAGCUCGUCGUUGGUCCCUCUGGUCAAGAACGGAUGGAUGGCGGAAGGAGGCGCUCCGAUCCAGACGCCAGCGCUGAAUGUGAUGGAAACCGGAUGGGACAUCUCUGGAUUCUGGGUCGCGCGAAUGAUCGCAAUGAAUCUAAAGCUUUCGGGCGGAGAACCCCCAUUCGGGAAGGUCGUUCUGCACGGAUUGGUGAGGGACAGCGAGGGUCGGAAAAUGAGUAAAUCACUGGGAAAUGUGAUUGAUCCGUUGGACGUUCUCGACGGAAUCUCCCUUGAAAACAUGAUUGCGAGAGUGAAACAGAGUGCUUUGGAAGACAAAGAAAUCGAAAGCGCCGUCGCGGAUCUUUCGAAACGGUUCCCGAACGGAAUCGACCGAUGCGGUCCCGACGCGCUCCGCUUCGCCCUUUUGAAGUACGACGUCCUCUCCACCGACAUCUCCCUCGACGUCUCGAACGCCGCGCUCGAAGGCCUCCGAUUCUGCAACAAAUUGUGGAACCUGGCCGCCUAUUACGACCAACUCGCCGAGAAAUGCGAAGUGAUCAAAGAUGUCGACUCGGACCGAAUUGUGGUCAGGCCGGGACUGCUGAUUGACCUAAUUUGCGCUCAUUUUCCAGGACGAGUGGCUGAUGGCGAGACUCGCGAGCACAGUGACCUCUGUCGACAAGCACAUGAGCAACUUCUCGCUUCACUUGGCCCUCUCCACUCUUCACAAGUUUAUCACCGCCGACAUUUGCGACGUUUAUCUGGUAACUUAACUAAAACGUCGCCCUGUUUUAUGCUUGAAUUUAGGAGACGACGAAGAAGGCGUUGUGGACGAACGACGUGGCACGCAUCCGAGAGGCCCGCUCGACACUCCAAAGAGUUCUGCAGCCGACGCUCGUUCAGCUGAACGCAUUCAUGCCGUUCGUCAGCGAGUUCCUCUACGAACGAAUCUUUUCCCGCGAGCCCGGAAGUAUUCUGUUCGACGUCGUCAAGCCGUCGCUCUUCAUUUUCCAUCGGAACGAAGAGCUGGAAGAGGGCAUGCAGCUGUUGACUGCCGUCAUGGCGGCCGUCCGAUCGAUCCGUCAGAAACUGGAACUCUCGCAGAAGCUCGUCUUUUCCGGAGUGCUCGAAAUGCAAUCCUCCUCCGCGCUUCCGGAUCUUCGCCGGCUUGCUGAUGACGUGACGCCGACGUGUGGGCUCGAGCUGCAAAGGAUUUGCAAAAAAGUGGAGGAAGAAGUGGAAAACGAGUACAUGGCAUGCCCGGUUCCAGGUCACGAUGCGAAAUUGUGGCUAAAAAUCGACAAAGAAUCGAGAGACGCGUUUAUUGAAACGCUCAAAAAGCAGUUGGAGAAGAGCCGAACACGUCAGGAGCAGUUCGAGAAGAAAGUGGAGGCGUACGAAGCGAUCUGCGAGAAUCCGACGGCGACAAACGUGGCAAAGUGUCGGAAGAAGGCGGAGAACGCGCGGAAAGUGGUGCAGAGUGCGAGAGAAGAGGCGGAACGGAUCGAGAAGUUGAUCGUCAAUGAGAAAUAG